UUUUUACGGUAAGGGCAAUCUGCAGCUUCUGAUUCAUUUUCUCCAGUAUACAAAGGACCAGAGACUGGCAUUAGCAGGUGUUUGACAGGGACGGUUCCCUUCCAGUCAGGGACAGCCGUGUGUUUAAUACAGGACCGUCUGUGCCAUUACCCAGCAUGCUCUGCUUGUUGCCGUCUGGCGAAGGAGUGACUGUGUAGAAAAGAACCAGCUUGCUACAUUUGACAUCCACGAAGUUGUCGUUACUAUGCAUUUUUAUUGUAUGAAAUAAUAACAAAAGGGAAAGAAAAUAUCUGGGGAAGGCCACAUCUGUUGCUGUCGACAUACCAGCGAUGCCUCUCUUCACGACCAACCCAUUUGACCAAGAUGUUGAGAAAGCGACCAGUGAGAUGAACACAGCUGAGGACUGGGGCCUCAUCCUGGACAUAUGUGAUAAGAUAGGACAGUCACGCACUGGGCCCAAAGAAUGUCUCCGCUCUAUAAUGCGAAGAGUGAACCACAGAGAUCCCCAUGUAGCCAUGCAGGCGCUGACUCUUCUUGGUGCUUGUGUCUCAAACUGUGGGAAAAUAUUCCACUUGGAGGUGUGCUCCAGAGAGUUUGCCAGUGAAGUCAGUAAUGUCUUAAACAAGGGUCACCCCAAAGUGUGUGAGAAGCUGAAGGCCCUGAUGGUGGAGUGGGCAGAGGACUUCCGUAACGAUCCACAACUCAGUCUGAUCUCAGCAAUGAUUAAGAAUCUACGUGAGCAGGGUGUCACUUUCCCAGCUGUGGGAUCCCAGGCUGCAGAGCAAGCAAAAGCAAGCCCAGCUUUAGUGGCAAAGGAUCCUUCCACCUCAACAAACAAAAAAGAGGAAGAAGACUUGGCCAAAGCUAUUGAGUUGUCGCUGAAGGAGCAACGUCAGCAACCGCAGACCUCCUUGUCGAGCCUUUACCCCAACACCUCCACUCUGCUGUCUUCACACAAGUCUGAUGGUAGAAAAGUCCGUGCCAUUUACGACUUUGAGGCAGCAGAGGACAAUGAGCUCACCUUUAAGUCGGGAGAAAUCAUCACUAUCCUGGACGACAGUGACCCCAACUGGUGGAAAGGGGAAACAUACCAGGGAGUGGGGUUGUUCCCUUCCAACUUUGUCACUGCUGACCUCACUGCAGAGCCUGAGAUGAUGAAGACAGAGAAGAAGACGGUACAGUUCAGUGAGGACAUCCAGGUGGAGACUAUAGAACCCGAACAGGAGCCUGUAUUUAUUGACGAGGACAAAAUGGACCAGCUACUGCAGAUGAUUCAAAGUGCAGAUCCAACAGACAACCAAUCAGACAGCGUUGAGUUACUACAGCUGGAAGGUGCCUGCAAUCAAAUGGGACCCCUCAUUGACCAGAAGUUGGAGGAUAUAGACAGGAAGCACUCAGAGCUGUCAGAGCUGAAUGUGAAGGUGAUGGAAGCUCUGUCUUUGUAUGCCAAGCUGAUGAAUGAAGAUCCAGUUUAUGCCAUGUAUGCCAAGCUGCAGAGCCAACAGUACUACAUGCAGCAACCUGCCAACGCUGCACAACAGGUCUACCCCGGCCAGCCUGCAUCAGGUUCAUAUGCCAUGAGCGGUACUGGGGUGCAAGGUUAUACUGUUCCUAUGGAGCAGCUUCCUGCUGGAGCCCCUGUUCCUGUUCAGCCAGCUCCCAGUGACGUCCAUAUGUACAUGGGCCAGCCGCCAGUCUACACUGCAGCUCCAGGCAGUAUGGCCCCAGCAGAUGUUCAGUCCUACCAGAACCCAGCCAGCGCCCCUGGCACCGCACCAUGCACAACUCCUGCAGGCAUGACGCAGACGGCAAACUACAGCACCCCUUCCGGCACGAGCAUAGCACCUUCCUCAGACGCCCCACAGGCCCCUUACUCAGAGAAAGCCUUGCUAUAGGGCCCCCAGAGCUCGCCGUUAUCCUCACACCUACACACACACAUGCAUCAGACCUGAUCAAAUAGUUGUAGCUAAUUUUCUUCUUUAGGAUUUCUUUUCAUCAUGAAACACCAGAUGGGUAAGAAAAAAAUGCAGAUAGAGUAGAAUAACACUGACAUAUGGCACACUUUUAGUUUUAUUUGACAGGUACAGUUAAAUACGCAGUUACACUUCUCACUCCAGCUUUAGAAGUGAUCACAAGGCUUGGAUUUGAAGAGCGUACUCUGGAUGCUGUGUUCCGUUUAGGAAUGCAUUUGAUUAAUUAUGUGUCUAGAUUUUCAAUUUUUCUGCAUUUUUAGCUGACUCGGAUGUGAAGACAAUGAGCAGCUUUUGGUUACACUAAGUCAAGUUUUGGUCUUCAUUCAAACCAGAUAACUUCUAAACCUAGAUCUGAUAGCAAUACAUGCAUUAUCCAUUUUUAUGUAAGAGGCCUGACAUUUAUUGCUUCAUUUUUAUGAUCAUCCUGUUGAAAAAUUGUGGUAACACUUUCUUUAUUUCAUCAGAAGCUUACAGGAAAAAACUACAUAAUUUUGCACUAAAAAGUUCUGUUAGGCAUUAAUCUGUCAACAUGACAAAGUUGUGUCUAAAACAAUAUUUAUUAGUGAUCUAAUAUUGGAUACUAUAAUCAUCAUAAUUUGGAGUUGCUUGUUUGUAGACAUAUUUCAAUUUGGGAUCUAUUGUUUGCCUCUUUAUAUGUUAUAUUAUCAAUCCAUUCAACAGUUGUUUCAGUGUAUUAUUAUUAUAAUUAGUACCAAUCCAAUAGUUCUAACCUUGUAGCUUCUGAAAACAAUCUUUACCAAAUGUCAGGUCUCUUCAGAGAAAAAUUAUCAUUGACAAAUUGCUUUGAGUAAACAAGUGUAACUGUAGCCAGUUUAUCCUAAACACAAAAUACAUAUGCAAUUACUAUUUGAUCAAGUGUGAAGUACACAAAGGCAUUCCCUUGGUAUGCACACUGGAGUGACGCACACAGUACACACUACAGGCAGAUGUAGAGCGGUGGGUGCUCUCACAAACACAGUUCUACUUGAUUCACACAUCCUCAGUAGGGCGCGAUAAUUUACCUUCAUUCAAACUCUAACACAAUUAAAUCCACAGUAUGCCACAGCCUUCUCACCACUUAGAACAACUACAGUGCUAAUAGUGUCACAAAAAAGGGGCGUUGACUUACGUUUCUUUCUUUUUAAAAAAAAAAAAAAAAAAAAGACUUUUAGCUAAAACCAUUACGCUACUACUCCAUUCUAUAUAUGUUGUCAACUUUUAGAAGUACUGAAACUGAAGCCACUUUGUUUUUUGGAGGGAAAAGAAACAAGAGGAACUGAAGCAUGCACAUGACUCUUGUAAAUACUGUAAUGAACUAGUCGUGAAGCCGGAUGAUGACCUCAUGGGUGGCCGUAUGUUAGCGCAGCUCCGGGUGAUUCUCUCAGCCUUAAAGGUGAACUCUGCAGUCAGGUUGUUCUGUCCAGCUGAAUUUAAGGCGUAAAAGCCAAAGAGAACAAAGUGUAAAAAUGCUCACACGCCCCAAAAUACCAUGAUUUUUAAAAAAAAUAUGAUUGACUCCUUACUUCAUACUGCAGAGUUUUCCUUUUCAAACUGAGCUAGUAUUGCAUCCUUUUUGCUGGAUGCAGGCUUUGCUCUGUCUCCAUCAGGAGCUGUACUGAUAUACUGGUACCACAGACUUGGAUACUAAGGGGAGGACUCUGAACCCCAGUGUCUUUCAAGCAUCUCUUUAGUCAGUGUUAAAAAAAUGAAUACUAUGUUUUUUUUGUAGUGCAUUUUAAUUUAUGUUUUGAUUAUUGUUAUGAUAUUUUAAAUGGAGAACCAGUGCAGGAUGUACGUAUUCAGAGAAUAGGGCAGAGUAUGUGAUAUUCUGCUUAACUUAGUUGUAUAUUUAAAUCGCUCACUUGAGAACAUGGAUAUUUUUCUCUGUGUUUGAUACAUGCUUAUUGUACUGUAGGGUCAAAUGGUAAUGUGAAAACUAAUUGAACCACCCCCACCCCAUGCGUUUUAAACUUGUUCUUUCUCAGAGCUGUGUUAACACUAAAACAACUUCUACCUGAAGCAGAGCUGAAGUAUGGUUUCUAGUAUUCUGGACAAUUCAAGUCAGAAUUUGUGAGCAGCUCUUAACCAAAGGCUCCCUAACCUCACCAAGUUAGUGACACAUGAAGCAUUCAAGCUCAGAUAUGGUAGCUACUUCAUAUACUCUACCAUAAUCCUAAGUCUGAGUGAUUUUUAUGGCUUCUACAUGUUCACAGUCUUUGGAAAAGAGUUCAUGUUUACAAAAAACUGAUGGGAUUGCAACAAGCUAGUGAAACAGGAAAAUGAUGUAUCUGUUGUAUUUAAUAAUGAAUGAUGCUACAUGAAGGAAUUACGAAGCUUUGAAGUAGAUUUUCCAGUUGCAAGGCAAAUCGAUGUGCUAUUCUGACAAAUUUGUGUCAUUUACAUUUCUCUUCAGAUGUUGUAUUUCAAAUCUGCUACCCCUCACCACCACUGUGCUGGUUUAAAAAUAUAAACAACCCACAUCUUAAGUCUGGAACCUAUGAUUUUUACUCCUCCUGAACUUUCUUUGAGCAUUAAUAUAACUAAUUCGAAGAUAAGAAAUCUUAUUCUUUUUUGCUGCCUUUAACUAAAAGCAAACGUGAAAUAACAUCAAUCUGUUUUGUUCAAAGAGGGUUGAAAAUAUCAAAGUAGCAGCUAUUCUGGGACCAUGCAACCAGGAGCCAGUUUAUCAUCACACAUCAUAUCUAAAUGUAACAUCUUGUUGCACCGCAGUGUUGGAUUGCGGCCCCAAUAUAACUUUCUUUUGUACAGGAUUGAGAUGCUGCCUGUUUUUAAGUUUCGAACAAACAUUGUUGUAAAGGUUCUGUCUAAACUUGUACCCUGCUGUUUGUAUGUAUUCUUUUAACCAUACUUAUUAAUUGGUAUUCACAAUAAAACCAGGCCAAAUGUACAGAAUAA